UCGUACGUCGGGUGCCACCACAUCGCGAUAGCGCUACACCUUGCGAGUGGAGUUAGCACGUUCGUUCCACUGAAUGAAUAGAACGGAAUGGGCGCUUCUACCACUCAGACACUACAACCUAGUUUUGAAGGUCGUUUCAAUGCUUUUGAUCAGGACUUCGUGAAGUUCCACUUCAACCUUAUUGCAGAAUGUCAGGACUGCCAACAAGGAUGAUUGACAAGUCCCAGGUCAUAGAUGUAGUAAACGUUAGCCAGUAUUGUUAGACUAAUUGUUUUGACCCUGUAAGCACACAUUCACACCCGCACAGUAUGGCCUGCUUCAGCAAGUCGAGGAGCGCGCUGCUUGCCAUUUGUCUGGUGGUGAUGUUAUGUGGACUUGGCUGUCAGGAAACAGCUGCACAAUCUUUCCAGGCGCUUGAUGUCGUCAACCACGGUGAUGCGAUCCUCCACUUCACGCUCAACGCGUCGACUAGCCCGACCGUGCACGUGACGGAGAGGCCUCCCUUCUCCGAUGCCAGCUCUCAGGCGAAACCCUACUGGGGCAUCACGGGGACAGCGCCAACGUUUCGCCUGAUCGUUACCAUUCCGAAGAUCGUGGCUUCCAAGAAGACCAACGUCUACAUGGUGACUGCAUGGAACGUUCUUACUGGUGCUACCCUGGCAACCGCCAACCUGACCAUGUUAG